CAAUCGCUGACGGACAUGGGCCGCGAAGCACCUUGGCCCCAUUUACCGUCGGUGUUAACCUUGCACUUUGUCUUUCCCAGCUGAUCGUCCGGGGGUUCGCCAUGUCCAAGGUACCACCACCGAACGAGCCCAGCUGGCCGCCCAAGUCGCCGCAUCAAGCGCUGCUGAGCUCUCCCAGCGGUCGCAAGAAGUGGCAGCAGCGCCGCGACAAUGCCUCUCCGUCGGCUUCGCCAGCCAAGCGACUGUUCGGAACCCCAAAAGCGGCAUCGCGCGCGCCGAUAUCCCUGUCCGACGACGUGGACGACAAUGCGGAGGACGAGGAUGAGGAAACCCUCCAGUUGAAGCUCCAAGCGAUCGAGGCGCGGCUCAGGCUCAAGAAGUUACAAGCGGCAAAGGCGAAGCAGUCUACCGAGUCCCCGCCCGACAAGAGCAAGACUGGUGGGCCAUUGAGCCCUCGCGCCAGAAAUCCCUCUCAUCAGGCACCGUCGAGGCAGGCCGAAUCGGCGAGCGCUGUCCAGGUUCCUCUCUCGCCAUCGGCGGACCGAAGAGCGCCGCAGAAGCCCGCGUCCCCAGCGCGCGUGCUGUUAGGCAUUGACAAAGGGCUCCGGGCUCAGGACGUAUCACUGAAGAGGCCGUCAAGCUCGAGAGCCACGUUCCGAUCUGGGCCUGAAACACGCCACGGACGGUCCAACUCUUAUGCCGGGGCUAGUGGCGCCCAAGGUCGCAAUAGCUCACUUGACAAACCGAAGAGUUUCAGCGAGCGACUUGCCGAAAGCCGAGUCAAGGAGAAUGAGAAAGAGGCCAAGGAUGAAAGAAUCCAGAAGGCGCGGAGUAGAGGCUUCGGAAUUGGCGCCAAAGACAUGAAUACGCCCUCUCAGCCGUCGAGUGAGAGCGAACCACACUCGUUCCAUAGAGCAACGAAAAGCUCUCAAGACAUACGCCAAACCAAACAUUCGUUAACCAGCCCCACUCAGUCAUUUGAUAGCAACACUUCUAGGCCUUCUUUCCGCCGAGCAAACCCGUCCUUCGACUCAACCACAUCAUCAGCAGCCAAACACGGCAGGAAACCUUCUGCUGCUGAGAAGUUUAAAAAGCCCGCCGCUUCCGCGGAACCAUCACGGUCAUCUCCCGAUGACACAAGCUUGUUCGAUCCUUAUUCUGGUAUCCAUCUUUCGAAGCGCAGUCUUUCACACAACGUCCUCAGCCGAGCCUUCUCAGGAAAGGAAAUCUACCACUUACCACGCCUUCUCCAAACUGUCAAAGGACCUAAUUAUGAACCGCCGGAUGUAGAGGCAGACUACGUAGUCAUGGGUGUGAUUGCUCAAAAGUCACAACCGCGGAAUACUAAAAACCAGCGCAAGAUUGUCUCAAGCACCGAGGAUGAUGACGAGGAACACGGAAACCGCUCAAAGUUUAUGGUCCUCCGCCUCAUCGACUUCAAGUGGGAGAUAGAUCUUUUUCUGUUCGACACAGCAUUCCAAGCCUUCUGGAAGCUCACACCUGGCACGCUAGUCGCCGUCCUCAACCCCUCGAUAAUGCCACCGCGAGAUCGCAACACUGGGCAAUUCUCGCUGAAGCUUGGAUCCUCGGAAGACACGAUUCUGGAAAUCGGCAACAGUCGCGAUCUCGGCUUCUGCAAGAGCAUCAAGAAAGACGGCGAGAAGUGCGGCACCUGGAUCGACAAGCGCAAGACCGAGUUCUGCGAAUUCCACGUCUACCUCCAAGUCGAGAAGCACAAGCGCGGGCGCAUGGAAGUCAACACAAUGACGGGCUUCGGCAGCGGGCCCAAAGGCCAAAAGGGCUCAUAUAGCAAGGGCAACGGCGGUGGCAGCGGCGGAGGAGGGGGUGGUGGGGGAUACGACCGCUACGCCCUCCCCAGCGAAGGCCGCUACCACGACGCCUUCCUCCAUGAGACGGCGUAUAUCCUCCCGGCCGGGAUGACGGGCCGCAGCGCCGCGGAGCGGCUGGACGCCGACGACGGCGCCCUCGACCGCGGCAUGAGCCGCGAGGAACUGCAUCGCAAGCGGCUGGCGGAGCGGGAGCGGGAGCGCGAACUCGCCGAGAAACUGGGCCGCAUGGGCGGGAAAGCUGGGGGGGAGUACAUGCGGGCGAAGGCGAGCGGGGCGAGCGGAGCGAGCGGCGGACACGACGCGGGGCUAGACGCGCACGCGCCCCCCGACGCCGCGGCGCUCGGGCUCCUGGGCAAGCGCGCCGCAGACGUCACGCUCAGCCCCGUGAAGCGCAAGCGCGCGGCCACGACGGCUUCUGGUAGUACGGGGGGCACGACGGCGUCGGCGCGCGCGUUUACUGCUAAGCCUAUGGGGUGGGGUGGGGCGGGGCGGAGGGAGUGGCUAGGCGAGGGGACGAAGGUCGGUGGAAGUGCUGAGAAAAGCGAGAGAGAGGCUAGUCCGGCGAAGAAGAGGGCGAGGCUCGUUAUUGAGGGGAAGGGGAUCAGAGAGCCGGGAAGGGAGAGCUUGGGUGGGUUGGGCGUGGAUAGGAACGGUGGCGUUUUGGACGACGAGGACGACGAUGAUGACGAUUUGGAGAUUGUGUAGGUGGGUUGGAUGGGCUGGGGUGGGUUGAUACUUGUACAGGCAAGCAAGUACCUAGGUCUAGGUCUAGGUCUAGGUCUAGUCUGCUGGAUAGACCUGCUAGGCGCGGCCGCGGUAGAGCAGACCUACGAGCUGGUAUCCUGCUGCUCUACUCUGCUCUGCUCUGCUAUUCGUAAGCAGGAUUCUCAGAGCUUUCCACACAGACGGUUUUCUUUUUGCUGUUUUCUAUGGUGGUGGUGGUGGUGGUGGUGGUAAUGAGGCUUGGGGUAGGGGUUAUAAGUUAACCCUUAGGCACCUAUGGUAUAACAUCACGGACACAGAAUGAG